ACAGAUCAGGAGACUUCGGCUCCGCUCGGAGAAACAGCACCGGACUGUAUGGUGGAGAACCGUUUUAUAAUUUUACCUUUUUCUGGGGACCGGCUGUAUGAUUAAGCUACAAUCUUCAAUGAGUAAGCAUAUCCCACAGUUCUGUGGUGUUCUGGGUCACACAUUUAUGGAGUUUCUGAAGGGCAGUGGGGACUACUGCCAGGCUCAGCACGCUGCCUAUGCAGACGAGUGAACAGCCAAACUCGCCAUCGAUCCGAAGCACUUGAGCCACAGGAGGGACCCCGGAAAGUUGGCAGGACCGGGACGCCUCCCAGAACCAGCGACAACUCGGCCUGGAUGGGGUAACUCCACUCGCUGCACACUGCCCUCGUCGGCUUCCGCCUGGCCAGAUCAAGGUGGAACCAGCCUUGUUUUUUUCUUCCUUUUCUUUUGUUUUAUUCCAAAGGAGAGGGUUUUGAGUUACUUUUCCGAUUGUCCGCCCUUUUUCGCCCACCGACGCCCCAAAUUUACCCAUUUGCCUGUCGCAGCCUUCGUUUAUUUGGUUUAAUUUUUAAGCCUUGCCAACCUCGAAGAAGACCGGAGGAUUUUUGUUUCUGGGUUUCUGGAAGCUCGUUGGACAUUUGUGUUUGACAUUCCCUCCGAGUUUAACUAAGCGUUUACAUUGGUGUUUUUACUCUGUGGAAGACUUUUGGGUUUCGUUAUUUUUUUUUUACGUUGUCACAAUGGCUCGUAUGAACAGACCGGCCCCUGUGGAGAUCACCUACAAGAACAUGAGGUUCCUCAUCACCCACAAUCCCACCAACGCCACCCUGAACAAGUUCAUUGAGGAGCUGAAGAAAUAUGGAGUCACCACCGUAGUGAGAGUUUGUGAGGCCACCUAUGACGCCACCCUGGUGGUGAAAGAGGGAAUCCAGGUUCUGGAUUGGCCGUUUGAUGAUGGAGCUCCUCCCUCCAACCAGAUCGUGGAUGAUUGGCUGAACCUGCUGAAGCUGAAGUUCAGGGAGGAGCCCGGCUGCUGCAUAGCUGUCCACUGUGUGGCAGGACUGGGGAGAGCUCCUGUUCUGGUUGCGCUCGCCUUGAUAGAAUGUGGGAUGAAAUAUGAAGAUGCUGUCCAGUUCAUUCGACAGAAGCGUCGAGGAGCAUUCAACAGCAAGCAGCUGUUCUACCUGGAGAAAUAUCGUCCAAAGAUGCGCCUGCGCUUCAAAGAUUCCAACGGCCAUCGCAAUAACUGCUGCAUCCAGUAGAGCCAAACCCUGAGCCACGCCAACCCCCCCCGAACCCCCCACCCUUCCCACUACAGAAGAGUUCAAUUCAACCUUGCUAGCUUAUUACCUGGCAGGCGUGUUUUCUUAAUCAUUGUGUUGAAGUAUCUUUAUUUGGAAAACCAUGCGCGGUAAUUCAACUGUCCCCCUCCCUCUUCAGGUUCAAAAUCAAGUGUCAAAAAAAAAAGUUUAAAAAAAAAAAAAAGAAAAACACAGAGUUGUGUGAACCGGGAUCAAAGUGUUUCCUCUUCAUGUGCCCAUUUAAAAAAAA